AUGUCGGAAGUCCUCGCGUGCGGCGAAAGUAAGGAAGGUAAAAGCCUUAGUGCAACCCCUGAAAGACUCCCCGAUUUUUCCAAAUUCCAUAGAAUGCGUUGUGGUGGAGAACCCCCAAGAAGAAUUGAAGUCUCACUCCAUGAGUACCAGGACUUAAAAAAGAGCAAUGAGAUCCUUCACAUCCUGCAUCAAGAAGCAGACCUUGAAAAUACCAUACUCAAGAGGUUAUUAAGUACUCCGAAAGACGAGAUCAAAGUUCAGUGUGGUAAUAUCAGACUUCAUUGUGGUGAUAUCAGAGUUCCAGAUGGAUACCAAAAACUCAUUGAUGAACUUGAAGAGAAGAUGAAACAACGUGAAUAUGUGGCAUACCAGGACUUCUUUGAAAAAUGA